GCGCUGGGGCGUCGGAGGUGGAGAUCGAGAGGAGAAAAGCGCCUGGGCUCUGCAGCCGCUGCCCGACAGAGCGAGCGCGGCGACGAAGAAGAGAUCGCCGAGAUCGCCACCUCGUCCCGGGGUUGUUGUUGCGCUUGCCGCGCUCCUUCGCUGCCCCUUCGAGCACCGGCCAGCCAUGGGCGGAUCGGGAUCCAGUUUGCUCGACGAGAGCAAGUGCACCUACAUCCGUGGAAAGACGGAGGCUGUGAUCAAGAACUUCAGUCCGCACUAUAAACGCCAAUAUGCAGUGUCCUUCUGCAAGCACAUCCAGAAUGAACUGGAACAAAACAGAGACCUGCAGUCCCAUUUCUUAAAAACAAAGCCCCCUGCAGAAUCCAGCAUGGUCUUUUAUGAAGGAGAAGUGUCACAUUUUGCUGAAGACUUGAAGAAAUGGAAAGACAGAUAUAUAGUGGUUAAUAGCAAAUAUGCCGUGGAGAGCUUUGAAAACAAAGAGGCGUUCCAGAAGGGCAUUAGUCCUAAAACCUGCAUUCUCCCUGUCGGAGGCAAAGUACUGACAACAGAAGAGGAGUAUAACUUGUUAUCUGAUAAACAUUUUCCAGAUCCGAGUGGUUCUAAUGAAAAGGAAAAUGUACAGGUUUUUGUUGGCCUUCCAAAGGAAUUUCCGGUCUAUCUGUGGCAACCUUUCCUCCGACACAGUUGCUUCUGUUUUCCGGAUCCGGAGUCACAAAAGAAAUUCAGCACCGUAUUGAAUGACUGCAUCAGACACUUAAACCAUGAUUAUUUCAAGCGGGCGUCAUUUGAAGCUCAAGCGUUUUUGGAAGCUGUCCAGUUUUUCCGUCAGGAGAAAGGCCACUAUGGGUCAUCGGAAAUGAUAACUGGCAACGAAAUUCAGAUUCUCAGCAACCUUGUAAUGGAGGAACUUUUACCUAGCCUUCAGACUAUGGUGCUUCCUAAAAUGAAAGGGAAGCGGCAUGAUCGAAAGCGGGCAUGGUUUGGUAUUCUAGAAGAAACCUACCAUUUGGUCCAAAAUCAGGUUUCCGAAGGCUUACGUUCCCUGAAGGACGAAUGCAAAGAAGUCGCCGCAGGCCUUGAAGGAACUAUUCGGUCGAAUAUGGAUGAAAUUCUGACCUCCAAGAAUCACUUGGCUGGAAAAAUAAAAGAGAGUAUAUCUGAGCCUAUCCAGAUAUGUUGCGGCGAGAACAUCCAGCCCUUUCUGGCUUCCAUCCUGGAGGAGCUCAUGGGCCCAGUGAGCUCUGGGUUCAGUGAAGUCCGUCUUCUCUUUGAAAAAGAGGUGAAUGAGAUCAGCCAAAAUUUCCAAGAGACAAAUGACACUGCAAAGCUGAAAGAGAACGUGAAGCACCUGAUAAGCCUGCCAUAUGACUCUGUGAAAAUGGAACCUUGCUAUCUGAAAGUUGACUUCCUUCAAGAGCAUCUCCAGGACCUCAAGAGCCGCUUCAAAUUCUAUGAUAUUGGCUUGGUUAUUCAGAUGACCCAAAACGUCAUGCAGGAGCUUAUGGGAAAUGCUGUAUAUACCUUCGAUCACCUGCUGAGUCUAAGCCAUCAUAGGGAUGCGGCCAAAGUGUCAACAGCCAUUGAGAAAGUCAAACUUCGUGUUCUUAAGCAAUAUGACUAUGACAGCAGUACCGCCCGGAAAAAGAUAUUUCAGGAUGCCUUGGUCCAAAUCUCGUUGCCCACACUUCAGAGGACAUUGGCUUCAACGUGUAAGCCGGAGCUUCAGAAAUACGAGCAGUUCAUUUUUGCCGAGCACAACAACGUGAUCCAAGUCGAAAACGUCUACGAAGAGAUUUUGCUGCAAACUUUGCUCGACGAAGCCCUCAAAGUGAUAAAAGAGGCUGCCCACUUGAAGAAACAUAACCUUUAUGAGGAGGUGCACUUGCCUUGUGAAAGUGUUUCCAGUCUGAGCGAUCUAAAGACCCCUUCGGGAUCAGCACAAGCCAGCCCAGCUAGGAAGCCUUCCGCCAGCUUGAUAGAGACAUUGGCUACUGACACUCAGAGUAAUGACGUGUUCGUCCCAGAAAAAUUGGCUCAGGAUGGAUGCCACGAGGCUAGAAACAAAAAUGAAGAGAAUUCCAGUACUCUAUCUAGCAUUCCUACUGGAGGAAGGGAAGAGAAGGUGGAUCCACAGCUUCCCACCGUGGUAGAAACAAGUUUGGGCGGAAGCACAGAAAGUGAAAAUAAGGUACCUGUGGAAGAGGAAAAGCUUCCGGUUCUUGGAGGUGUGGAUGAAAUAAGAAGAUUGCUGACUGUGACUGUCGAACUGCCAGCAGAUCCUCCGACUGAGAAGAAGGAACAAGUUCAUGAAAGUGGGCUUCUAACGCCACAGGAACCUGCAGAAGUGAAGGAUAAGGAGGAGGAAAGCAACGUAGAGGAAUGUCAAACAGCUGAGAUGCAUGAACCUUCUGAAGUGUGUUUUCCACCCAGCAUUGAAGCUGCCGAUACAAACACAACAGCUAUUUCUCUUCCACCCAGUGAAGAAAGUGGUCAUAUAAACGUGGCACGAAUUUCUCUUCCACCCAGUGAAGAAGGAGAUUAUAUAAACGUGACAAGAAUUUCUCUUCCAUCCAGUGAAGAAGGGGAUUAUAUAAAUGUGACAAGAAUUUCCCUUCCACCCAGUGAUGAAGGGGACUAUAUAAACGUGACAAGUGUCUCUGGGGAAGGACGCUAUAUUACUCACCCGGAUCCUUCCGAGGUGUGUGAAGAACUAGGUCUUUGGCAAAACCCAGGGGCAGAGUCUGAGACAAAGAUCAGCGUAUGGUACACUGAUGUGAAGAGUGACAGCCCUGAUCACCAAUCUCAAACAAAGCCAGAUGCUGAAAGUGGAAAAUCUGGCCAGAGGGAAGGAGGCCCUUCCCCUCUUCCUCAUGUCCCUAUAGAAGAGAAGUCACAGGUAGAACAACAUGCCGAAAGUAGAAAGUAUGACCAGGAAAGAGAAGAGCUUCCUUCUCUUCAGUCAGUCCCAGUAGAUGACCAUUUCCAAACAGGGCAUUAUGUUGAAGAUCCAAGAUCUGGCUUGCCAGAAACAGAAGUCCCCCCUCUUCAUUCUGUCCUGAACGAAGUGGAUGCUCUCUCCUUCCCGGGCUGCUCUGCUGAAGCACAAGAGUCCAUUUUGAAUAUUGCAAAGUUGGCAAUAGUGUCAGUAAAUCUGCCAGUUUCUCCAGAAGCCAAAGAGACUGAAGGUAGCGAUGUGGAGGUGUCAGUGAAUUUAGACUCCAAAGGCUUCAGCUCUGCUCAGGAGGAAGAUUUGAAGCAAGCAAGUGUGCCUUUCCCAAGUGCAGAUGCUGAAGAUGCAGUUGAAGGGGGAAAAGACAGAAGGGGAGAUGCUGGGGGCAACUGUCCUGAGCCACAGUCUGAGAAAUGAAAAAGGUUAUCUUGGAUAUCUAAUUCCUAUCCUUGCAGGUUUUAUGAUCAGAGUAUCCUUAAAAUUAGAAAACUCUCAAAUCCUAUUCGAGAGCACUCGUACAUGUUGAAUCUCCAGCUCCUUGAGAAUGUUGAUAGUUUGACUCGUCUUUCCUCUUCCACUUACUACUCCUUGUUCGUCAUUCAUUCCCAUGACUUGGUAGCUGGCCUCCAAAGACUACUUGCUCUCUCACCAAAGUGAUGUAGACUUGAGUGACCUGUCAGCGACAGAACUCAUUAAACGUUUGAAAUUGCUUUAAAACUGAGAAUAUAUUCAUUGAGGCUGAUGACCCACUCACGUGAAUGAGACUUGCAGCAAGGGGUCAGUUGAACUUACAAGGACCUGAUAAAAUCAAGUAACCAUUAAGGGAGAGUAGAAAUCUGCAUGAAACACGCUAAGAAGAAAACGCUGGGAAAUCUUAAAUGAGGGGGUGAAACGAUUUGCUUAUUCGAGUCUUGCACAACAUAGUUGUGCGUAUAGUUUUGACCUUUGAUAUAGCUGAAUGAUUGCACCUGUAUUUAAAAGCUUUGGCAGAUUUUCCACCCCCACC